AUGGACGCAUUCAAGAAACAAGACACUCUCAAGCCUUACUUUGACACUGCCUAUGGCUAUGCCUUUUUUGGGACCAUUGCCAAGGGCGGCAUGGGCGUGGGUGGCGCCGUCGGCAAUGGCGUGGUCUAUGUAAAUAACAAGGAUGGAACAGAGACUCGCGCCGGUGAUUCCAACAUGAUCCAAUUGAGUUUUGGAUUUCAAUUUGGUGGUCAAGUCUAUUCGGAAAUUAUUUUCUUUGAAACCGAACGCGACUUUCAGUUCUUUACGGCUGGCAAUUUUGAAUUUGGCGCCGACGCCAAUGUCGUGGCAUUGACGGCGUCUGCUUCGGCCAAGGUAUCCACAGUGGGCAAUCAAGGUCUUCAAGCAGGAGUGUCGGGCGAUGAAAUCGUGGUGGACAAUAUGGGCUUUGCCGGACAGGUCAACUAUACCAAGGGUAUGGCAGUCUUUACCAUCAUGAAGGGAGGACUCAUGUACGAGGCUACCGUUAGUGGACAAAAAUUCAAUUACACACCUGCGGGAACAGCAUCGACGACAACACCAGCAUCGGCGACAGAACCUGCAUCGGCGACAGAAACAGCCGCAACUAGCUAA